AUGGAACAACAAAGUAGCCAGUACAAGUCUCCCGGAAGCGGAUACGCCCGGCCAUGUUGUCCGGACUCCUUGCACCGGAAGUUGCCUCUGCACCACGAUACACUAGAUUUAUUACUGUCAUAUUUAUCUGAGAACUGGGAUGACGCAAACAUCCGCUCUCCAAACGUCGUGGACAGUUUAAAAAGGCUUGGAAGACUGCUAUUCAAGUAUGAAGACAAAAGACGUAAAUAA